CCAGAAGCAUAACAAAUCACACAAAUUUCUCUUUCCACUUCCCAGACAGAACCCCCAUUUUCCAAUUGGUCAAGAAAUCACACAAAAAUUUCAAUUUUCAUGGAUUAUUUCUAAAAGUUCUUUUUCUUGAACCCUAACUCUUUCUUUCCACAGACAAAAUCCCCCCAUUUUGUUUCCAUCACCAUUUCUUGGACCCUAACAAGUUGCUGUUUCUCAAUAUGAAGGUUACUAAGAAUUUCGACAUGAAUCAUUUCAACAAACUACCGGAAGAGAUUUUAAGUCGUGUACCAAGUGAAUGGGUUCUUCAUUGCAAAUUAGUCUGCAGAAAUUGGAGAAACAUUGUUUCCAAUGAUCCAUCGUUCCCUCUGAAGCAUUUGUAUCAUCUUAAUCAUCCUUCUUCUUGUAAGUUGGGUUUUCUUGCUUUAAUUGAUAACAAUAGAUUUUACUUUUUUGAAUAUAAAGAUGAUCAGAAUCAUGAGUUAAGAAAACCCAUUGAGAGAAUUAGAAGGAUGAUUACAACACCAAUCAAGGGUGCUUGCUUUGUUGGAUCUUGUAAUGGUUUAAUCUGUCUUGCUGGAGAGAAACAUGAUAUACCUGUUUGUAUAAGUAACCCUUUCACCAAAGAGUAUGCCAACCUUCCAGAAAUCAGGAUAGAUGGUGAUGAUUUUAUUUAUCAGUCGAUUGGAUUUGGUUAUCUUACUUCAACAAAUGAGUACAAUGUGAUAGCAGUACAUGUGUUCAAGACCGAUAUGAUAGAAGUCCACAUAUACACUCUAGGCAGUGGCAAUGGAUGGAGAAACCUUGGAAAGUUCAAUUCUGAAUUCUGCCCUAUGUGUAGUCUAGAUCACGAACUUGGUAGCUUUGCCGAUGGGUCUAUUUAUUGGGUUAACACUAAUCUAGCUACGAUCUUGAUCUUCGACUUAAUUGAGGAAAAAUUCUGCGAACAUCUUGAACCGCCUCCUUUCCCACUAGACACUGAUUUGCGAAAUCAUAGAAUAGGGGUUUUGGAUGGAUUUCUGUAUAUUUCUAUACUUGAUGAAGGAGAAGAUGGUUUUGACAUAUGGCUAUUAAAAAAGAAGAAUGAUAAUCAAGUCAAGAAAGAGGGAGAGGAACAUCCCUCGUUGGAAUGGAGUAAAGAAUUCAGGGUUGAUGAAAAGCAUUCAUUAGCUGUUACGAAGAGGGGGGAUGUUUUAACUUACCUCAGUUGUGAUAACUAUCUCAACAUUUAUGACACAAAAGCUUCUACCUCGAAAGGCCUUGUUGAUUUUAAGGAAUGGGUUCGUCGAGUAUUCCCUCACAAGAACACCUUCGUAUCGUUGAAGAGAUUAGGGGAAAAGGAUACGGAAAUAAUGAAGUCAGUUAAAGGAGGCAGAAAGCCGUGAUUCACCUUUCAAGCAGCUACAGGAGGAUGCGAACCCCGACUACAUAGUUAUAAACUGCAUCAUUCCUUAUAAUACAAAUUCGUGAAAUUCAAGUGUUUGGCCCUCCUCCACUUGGUUCUUGCUCUCUUGGCCUUGGGCUUAAAGAAAGCUCAAGGUUUUUUAGUCCACUAGAGAAAGAGGGUCAAGAGAGAAAAUAUGAGGGCAAUGAGAAUAAAACAGUGUGAUGUUAGUUCCUUAACAAAAAAUCGAAAAUGCUAGCUGAACAGCUGACUGACAGCUGAAUAACAACGAUGCUCAUCAGUGGUUCAGUGGUUCAAGGGUUCCUCGUGGCCAUCCUCAUCAGUGGUUCAAGGGUCAGGCCUCCUCGUCAACUCAAGUGCAACAUGGCAACUCCGUACAGGAAAAUGGUGAUUUCUCCAAUCAUCCUGAGCCAUGAAAUGUCCCCACAAGUCGGAGUUUGAAUUUUCUCUGGAGAACUUAAUGUGAGAAUGAUGCUGUCAGAGCCUAUGUGCUCUCUUUUUUGGAUGGAUCAUCUGCAUCUACUGUUAAUUCUCUUUUUUCGGGUUUAGUCUCCCUUAUCAUGUAUUCCAGGCUUUCUGUUUUAGUGUAAUGUUUCUUUCCUUACCUGUAAUCUGGAUUUAGACUGUUUCGGUGCAGUUGUUCUUACCCUGUUGUUGCUUUGUUUAGAUCAUUGUAAUAUAU